GGCAGAGGCGUGGUCCGGCGAAGGGCGGGCACUGGCUCAGUCUUCCAGAUCCGUCGCCGAGGACGUUCGCUGAGCCAGCGAGGAGGCUGUUGCUUUUCCUAGUCGCUCUUUCCCAAGGCUCGGUCCGCUGGUCCGCAUGGCCCGUGGAAAUCAGCGAGAACUUGCCCGCCAGAAAAACAUGAAGAAAACCCAGGAAAUUAGCAAGGGAAAAAGAAAAGAGGAUAGCUUGACUACCUCUCAGAGAAAACAAAGGGACUCUGAGAUCAUGCAACAAAAGCAGAAAGCAGCUAAUGAGAAGAAGUCAAUGCAGACAAGAGAAAAAUGAUGACUGACAGUUUGGAAAACCUGGGUGCUAUUGCCAACUAGGUGUAUCGUGAGCUCUAUGAUCAAGAUUUUGUAGAGUGAACAGUCACUACAUAUGUUAUAACAAAUCCUUAUAAAAACUAUUCUAACUUUA